CUGCAGUCUGGAUGUUAGUGUAGAUCAGACUGUUACUGCAGUCUGGAUGUUAGUGUAGAUCAGACUGUUACUGCAGUCUAGAUGUUAGUGUAGAUCAGACUGUUACUGCAGUCAGGAUGUUAGUGUAGAUCAGAAGAUCUAGAAGGUCAUUUGUCAGAAAUGUUCCCCAACUGAUGUUCCACAACAUGCAUAGAUAUUCCCCACUAGUCUAGGAAUCAGGAAUGUAUGCAGUCUACAAAUGGGAUAUUAUACAGCCAUUCAUAUUUUCUGCAGCAUCCCCUAUCAGCAUGGGAUUGUCAAUAUAUUUAGUUGUCAUAAUGAGAUGUGAUGGGAGGGGUGCGUGGGGACACGGUGUGUGUGUGUGUGUGUGUCUGCUUCUGCGUGUGUUUGCGUCUGCAUCGUUGCGUGCGUGUUAAUGACGUGUGUGUGUGUGUGUGUGUGUCUCAUUCCCAGGGUGAUCCACACAGAGAGAGACGUGCACAUGAAGAGGCAGCUGGUGGAGGACGUGAAGACCAGGAUGAAGUUCCUCCUGGAGACUGAGAGGACACACAGAGGACUGGUGGAGGAGCUGGAGAAGAAAGUGAAGACCUUGACAGAGGAGGCCACUAACAGGAAGGCCUUUAUAGACUCUCUGAAGAGGAGGCUGAGUGUAGCCACUAAAGAGAAGAGUCAGUAUGAGACGACCUGUCAGGAUCUCAAGGAGGGCCUGGACAAGAAGGAGCAGUGUGUGGAGGCCCUGCAGGCCCGUGUGAGGGCCAGUGAGCGGGCCCAGGCUGAGCUGGAGCAGACGGCCUCCCGUCAGAUGGAGGGUCUGGCCCAGCAGAGCACCGUGGCCCUGGAGGCCCUGCACAGACGACUGGGCCUGGCCCACACACAGCUGGAGCAGCUACAAGCCUUCAUUAAGGCUCUGGCAAGCGAAACUCUCCGUGAGGUGCAGGACGCCAAAUCGCAGCUGAGGAAGAACAGGAAGAUGGCGGAGAAGAAGAAGGCAGUAGGGGCCGGAGGGCUGUCCAAGCAGUCCAUGGUCAAGGCCCAGUCCAUUGCUGCAUCCAUCCUCAACAUGACCGAGAUGGACCUGGCUGAAAUGCUGGACACUGAUGAGGAGGAGGAGGAUGUGGCAGCAGACAGCAGGAGAGACCAGGAGUGGCUGGACCAGGUCAUGAAGGUGCUCCAACAAGAGAUCCCCUCUGCUGCUCUCCUAAUGGAGGUGCUGUGUGUGAAGAUGAAGGAGAGGAAAGUGCUGACAGAAGCGCUGGCCGCGCUCACAACACCAGUCAGCGAAAUCGCCUGACUCCCACUCCGGGGCUGAGGGCUGCGGCUGGGAAAAACUGUCAUCCUCUCCUCCUCCUCCUCUUCUCUCUCCAUCCCUCCUUCGUGCCCAGGCCUUUCUUUCUCAGCGGGGGCUGAGUUGGCCAAGUCGACCUGAAGUUGCUCUCUGUGUGUGUGUGUGCGUGAGCGCGCACGUGUAUGAAGUUGCCUCCACGCCGCGCUUCCAGAACCAAUAUUUACGAGAAAAGCGCUGUCGACUCACUCCGAGCCACUCGCUCACGCAGCGGUCUAGUGCCGUGCCGGGGCCCAGCCUUUGUAAAUGAGCCCCCAACAUCUGCGUUAGUGGUUAGCGCGCUCCAUCUGCGAGACAGGGCCCUUUAGCGUCAGGCUAAUUUACAGUACAGAGACAAACGCUCUCUUUCUCUCCCUACUCCAAACGCCAUCCUGAGGUGAUGAUAACAUUAUGCUUACGUUUUUACUUCAAGUUAGACAUGAUUUGUUAUGGUUUUUUUAUUUAGAUAUUUUCAGUAAUUUAUUGUGGAUCUCAAGGACCCCCCAGGGUGCUCGGAGUGGGACCUGACCCAACAGUGCAGACUCAACGAAAGAAAAAGUACACUCUUAAAGUAAGAAGCAGACAUACUCUUUCUCCUCUUAGGAUAUGCUGGACUCAAACCCGACACAUGCAUUCCAUGUCCCAUUUGGACCGAUUGGAUUCCAUUGUUCCAUUCACGUUUCAGUGACCCAAUGCUCUUAACGUGAAUGAUAUCAUAAAAUAUACAUUUUGUUUGUUAUGUCUAGGUGUAUUGUGAAAUGUAUUUUAUUUACAUUUGUGUGUUCACUUCACAUUGUAUUCUGCAAUAGGUAAUUAUGUUAUAUUGUUAAUUGAUUGAAACUGAAUUUAAAUAAAAGUGUGUUGCCAAUUGUUUUAUUUUUA